UGCGCCUUUGUCAUUUGUCAUUCGUGAAAUUAUUUUGAGCAGUGCAAGAAGGUCCAUUAAAUUCUUUUGUGAGAUUUACAGGACUGUUGCAAUUCAUUUAAAACCAAACUUUUGGAAAUAAUUAUAGCACAUACAGCGUUUAGCGUGAACACAGCAUCUAAAAGUUAUCACAAAUUGCAAAAAAAGGUGCGUUUCGGUGGCUGAAAACAUAGCGGGCUAGAAUAGCAGUCGAAUUUUUCUAAAUAUACCAUAAACAAAAUAGAAUAUCAAGAUGCCUAUUACCUUGCAAUCAUCCGACAAUGAGAACUUUGAAACCGACGUGCAAAUCGCAAAAUGCUCCGGUACAAUAAAAACAAUGUUGGAGGAUUGCGGCAUGGAUGAUAGUGAAAAUGCUACUGUUCCAUUACCUAAUGUCAAUUCUGCCAUACUGCGUAAAGUACUUACAUGGGCUACGUAUCACAAAGACGAUCCACAACCAACCGAAGAUGACGAGAACAAAGAAAAACGCACCGAUGAUAUCUCCUCCUGGGAUGCAGACUUUUUGAAAGUCGAUCAGGGCACACUAUUUGAGUUAAUUUUAGCCGCAAAUUAUUUGGAUAUUAAAGGACUGUUAGAUGUAACCUGUAAAACUGUGGCCAAUAUGAUCAAAGGUAAAACACCCGAAGAGAUCCGCAAAACAUUCAAUAUCAAAAAUGAUUUUACACCAGCCGAGGAGGAACAAGUGCGUAAGGAGAACGAGUGGUGUGAAGAAAAAUAAAGUAACAUAUACAGAUCACAAUAGCCCUUAUAAUUACUUAUGUAUAAACGAAAAAUAUUACUAUAAAAAAGAUGUCAGUAUGUAAUUUUAAUCAAAAUUAGAUGGCUUAAAUUGACACUGCUGAGGUUCUAUAAAAUCUCUUAAUAUAUAUAAACAAUAUUUCGCAAUAAAUGUAAUUGAUUUUCCCUAAAAA